AUGCUUGCACCUCCGCCAACAUGGAUCAAACAGUAUUGGUGGAUACCUGGUAUUGGUGCAUCUUUUGGGCUCGUGGGAGCAUUUGCAUGUCUUGCAUGCGUUCGGACACGAAAUAAGAGGAGAAGAGCUCUAAAUACUGAUCAACGGCUUCAGGAAUGGGAGGCGGCUAUGGUGAGGCAUCGUGUGGAACAACUUGAUAAACGGGGGUCACUUCUGCCUCUUGGAGCCGACUUUAUGGAUGGUAUAGGUGCAGGGCUUCGGAAGACGGCGAACCGAUUGUCGGCGGCGCUUCGUCGGCCCCUAUCACUCAUUCUAGGUGCCCCAGUGAAUUUGAAUGUACCGCCCGCUGGUUACGCUCCGGCUUCCACUGGUGAAAUGGUUGAAAAGAAACAAGAUACAGAUGUCGUCAUUGCAGAUGAACCAUUACAGGACAAUACACGGCGUAGGACAUAUGAAAGAGCAAUGCAAGGGUCGUCCGGCAAUAUGUUGGGUAACAUUCCUGAAGAUGAAGUCACAAAUGAAACGGAUCUUAUCCGAUUCUCGUCUCCGCCGGUCCCGAAAGAUCCCAAGGAAGGAGAUCUUAUGAGAUUUUCACUUCCACCGGUCGCGGGCGGUAGUAAAGAUGGUGGGUCGGUGCGGACCUCCACGGGCAGGUUUUCUGCCUUGCGCCGCGCUGGAAAAGGGCCUGCUCAACCUGCAUCCAUACCUGAAGAAUCCAGUCUCCCCCAACGCCUACAAUUAAAUUACAACACAGACCUACGCAUCGGCGAGCCUCUUCCAAGCAACAGCAACGAAAAGCGAAUCUACGCUGGAACGCUUGCAAAAGACCAGGGCUUCAUUCCUCGUCGUGUAGCCAUCAAACACGUUUGGCGCAAUGCCGCAGAGAGUGAUGAGCAGGCUUCCGCCGCUUUUGUAAGGGAGGUGACCAUCAUGGCUGCAUUAGCAACCAACGAAAAUGUUGCUAGAAUUGUUGGAUACUGUACCGUCCCAAGGAUUAUUGUCACGGAUCUCUAUGAAGGUGAUUUGGACUUUAUUUUGGGGAAUCGACGGUUUGAGUUGCCGGAUGCUCGAGCCGUGAGCAUUCUCAGUGAUGUUGCAAAGGCCCUGUCCGCAACCCAUGAAAUGGGUUUCGCCCACGGUCGUAUCCGCCCAGGCGCCGUCCUCCUCGAACGAGUUAAAAAUCCCGCCCGUGUGUCCGUCAGAAACUCAAUUUUAAGCUUUAGUCAAUCCCAACAGCCGCGCACUUUUUGGCGGGCCCGACUGAAUGACUUUAGCGCCAGUCGUCCCGACGGUGAAUCUGAAUCCAAGGCGCGGAUUGCGCCGCGGUAUGCUGCCCCUGAAUGUAUUUUGACGGACAAGCAGAUUACUACUGCUGGAGAUGUUUAUUCAUUUGGAGUGUUGAUAUGGCAGUGUUUGACGAGGAGGACACCUUGGGAAGGGCAGGAAGAUGGAUACAUUGUCUGGAAGAUCUGUGAAGGUGAAAGGUUUAAUCUGGGGGAAGUCGUCACGGGCGCUUCCAUUGUGAGGAAAGAGCUGCUGGAAAUCGUCCAUCGAUGUCUUGCCCCAGAGCCUUUUGUAAGGCCGACGAUAGGACAGAUUUUGGCAACACUGGAAAAGUUGAAAUAG